AUGUUGCCCAGCGCUAUGGAAGAUGAGCUACAUGCAGCGACCGGCCAGACAGACAGCGCCUUUGGAGAGGCAACGUUUGCAUCAUCGCCACGGGACAAGCGCAGCAAUGCGUUUAUGAAGCAGGAGGCAGUGGCGAUUCACAACCCACGCAGCAGGCACCGCGACGCUGCUGGCUGCAUGAUGCUCUUCCCACGCCUCCCUGCGUACUUGACCGCUUCCAAUGAUGGGACGUUGAGAGUUUGGCGCGCCCCGACUCUCGAGCACGUGGCAACGUUGAGAGUCUGCAGCCGCGGCUUCGAGGUGAAUGCGACAGUGCUUCUCCCUCAGCCCCUUGGCAAGGUGGCGGUCGCGAGCUCCGACUGCCACGUCUCCUACUUUGACCUGCUGGACGACGACCGCUGUGGCUUGCACGGUCGAAUGCUCUGCCCAGCCAUCCCGAUCGCCUUGCACGGCUGGAGCCUCUCGGGCGGCCAGCUCUGCCUCGCAAUCGGCGAUGUCGCUGGCGUGGCGCGGCCGCUGCCCCUCGGCAAGGGAGUGCGCACGUUCUUGGUCACGUCGCUUGCCCCGGGCCGGCUGCGGUGCGCUUCUGGUGGGCUCGAGCGCAGCGUAAACGUGUGGAGUCUCGAGAAUGGCGAGCUCGUUGGUUGCCUCAUCGGCCAUCACACGUCUGUGACUCACCUCUGCCUGGCCCCAGCGAGGAAGAGCGGGGGCAGUGCCCCUCUCCACGAGCCAGAUUUGCUGAUUUCGCUCGACACGCAAGGCACCAUACGCACUUGGGACUUGGGGAUGCUCAUCCCCGUGCAAUGCAUAACUCAUCUUCACGGUGCGCCAGAGCGCCCCACCGCGCUGGUCUACGAUCCGCUCCAGGCUCUCCUUAUCACUGUGAGCAAGCGGCCAGUCGCGUGGGAUCGCCACGCCGACGAUUCCUUUGGUGUCGGCGAGUCGGGCGACGACGAGCUUGCAACCGGCGCCAGCCUGCCUCAGCUGACAUCCGCGUGUGUCCCGCGCACCCUCAAAGCCGAGACGGCACGCGCCCGAGCUGGCUGUGCCCUGCUGACGGAGAGCGCCUUUCUGCUUGACAAGGAGAGCGAGGUGGCCAUCCCAGCCACAGUCACCAACGAGGAGCUGGUAGCGAAGCUCGCCGGAGUUGCGGUGGCGAAGGGGCGGCACGGGGAGUGGUCACUUGGCUCGCCCAGCGUUGCGUCGGGGGUGAAUAGGCUAGCCAACGGCGGGCUUAUCUCGUCUACAAUCACACAUUCGUUUACAAUCAUUCUCGACACAUUCACGGUGUGA